AUGACUUCUCCGGCCCUCACGACAACUGAGAGCCUUCCAGCAGACGCGGGCCGCUCGGGCCCCUUCGACAACCCGCAGGAAGACGCCUCUGAGUUUGGCGAGGAAAACUCAGAAACCAAUGACGUCGGCGACGAUCACGCACCGAAACAGCAACCCCAGAAGCGACGACGAGUGACGCGUGCCUGCGACGAAUGCCGGCGCAAGAAGAUCAAGUGCGAUGGCAAGCAGCCGUGCACCCAUUGCACUGUCUACAGCUAUGAACUGAUCCCCUCCAGUACUUAUGACCAGCCCUCAAACCGCCGCCGCAAUGCGACGCCCCAGUACAUUGAGGCUCUCGAAAGCCAGCUCAAGCGCGCAAAGGCGCUACUGCACGUGGUGCUGCCAACCGUGGAUUUGAAUGACCCCGCCAUAGACGCCCACCUCCAGAACGGCCUGUUACCACAGCUGCCCCAAGCAGCUGCGCGGCCUCCCGUGAUGCCUGUAGACCCCCGGAUCGCGCAACACCAGGCACCGGCCCACAGCGAAGACCAGCCUGAUUCGCACCUGGAAGCCAUGGUGAAAGCAACGGGCCAGCUUGAUCUCGACGAAGAGGGCAAAUGGGACUACCAGGGCCACUCUUCAGGACUCAGCUUUAUGAGGGGCCUGCGGCAGUUCGAUGACAUGUUCCAAAUCCCUUCGGACGAGUCGCCGUCCCUCCGGCACCAAUCCAUGUCCUACGAACCGCCGUCUCCUUCCCUUUCAAUCGCUGGAUCCACUACAGCUCCGUCAAACGUGCCCCUGCCCAGCCAGGAAAAUGCACGCAUUCUCUGUGACAGUGCCAUCAUCCAGUACAGCGCCAUGCUGCGCGUUGUCCAUCUCCCCACUUUCUACAAGCAAAUGAGCCGUCUUUACGAAGUCGCUCCCGAGAAUUACGGCAGCGCCGAGACUAGCUUUCUACCUCUAUUCUACUCCGUUCUAGCUUUGGGCAAACUCUAUUCCGAAAAUGACACCGGGGUCGAUGUAGCAAGCUACGACAUCCUUACCGACGAGGGACUCAAGUACUUCAAAGCUUCGCGCCAGCUCUUGGACAUUACUGACUGCAGGGAUCUGACUUCACUUCAAGCCAUCAUUUUCAUGAUCCAAUUCUUGCAAUCGUCAGCCAAGCUUAGCACUUGCUAUGCUUACAUCGGAGUUGCUCUGCGCUCUGCGCUACGCAUGGGCUUGCACCGUUCAUUCAACGUCAAGUUCAAUCCCAUCGAAGCGGAAACACGUAAACGCAUAUUUUGGGUGAUUCGAAGGAUGGACACAUACGUCGGGGCCAUGCUCGGUUUACCGCGAUUUCUGGACGAUGAGGACAUUGAUCAAGAGUGGCCAGUUGAGGUCGAUGACGAGUAUAUUACGGAGACGGAGAUUCUGCCCAUGCCCAAUGGAAGCAUUUCUGUCAUGGCGGCCUUCAAUGCCCACACGCGUCUCGUCCAAAUCUUGAACAAGAUCUGCAAGUACGUCUACCCUAUCAAAGGCACACAAUCAGGCGCCAAGAACUCUGUGACCUAUUCUGUGGGCUACUCCAAGAUUCGCGAAAUCGAACAGGAUCUAGCAAGAUGGCUCGAUGAGCUGCCUAUCGCGCUCAGGCCGGGCGGUGACGCCCCUCCAAUCAUCAGGAGGGUGCAACAACUUCUCCGUAUGGCGUUCGGACAUGCGCAGCUUUUACUCUAUCGGCCAUUCCUACACUACGUUUCGCAAUCGUACAACGUGAACACCGUGGACCAGAGAGCCUUUGCCUGCGCUUCUGCCUGCGUUAACGUCUCGCGCAAUAUUAUCCACAUUUCCACGGAGAUGAGAAAUCGCGGCCAAUUGGCUGGAGCAUACUGGUUUUCCAUGUAUACGACCUUCUUCGCUAUUGUAUCAAUUUUGUAUUUCGUCUUGGAGAACCCACAGAGUCCCACCAGUUUUGAAUUGCUACGGGAUGCAGUGGAAGGGAAGGACGUAUUGGCGUACUUCGCGAAGAGGAGCGUGGCCGCUGAUAGGUGCAGCACAGCACUAAAGGGCAUGUUUGAACGUCUCCCGGAAUCAAUCAGACAUGGUGGAGAGAUCAUUGCAUCGAGGAAGCGCCGACAAGGAAGCUCGCCGCACUCUCUUGGCACCCGCCCUACCUUUGGUCAGAGCGACUCUGCCGCACCCCGCCGUGCGAGCACCUAUCCCGAUAGCAUUCCCAAUGUCAAGACUGCUGGCCAAGCCCAGUCAUUUGAGUCUGGCGGCCCUGACUUUGGUAGCAUUGGCUUGGGUUCUUCUUAUCCCGCACACUCGAUCUCCAACCCAAAUCUAUUCGAUGGUGUGCCAGGCCUUACACCUACAUCAUCCAACGAUAGCCUACCGAGCUUUGGCUUGGCUCCUAUUCAUGACUCGCAGCAGACAUCAUCUGCCUUUGGGCCAACAAGCCUAGGCAACCCUUUGGCAGACCCGUCAGGUCUUAAUGUCCCCAUCGCAGACAUCUCAACAAUGAUGUUUCCGUCUGCCGACCCGCUCGCCUACCCCAACCAGCCCAUGACUGCUUUUGAAAACAAACAUCCACAAACUUUCGACCGCAGUACUGGCACCCCGGUGAGCGGACACCCUCCUCAACUUUCGACCAGCAUGGAGAUGAAAGGACACCCGGCCAUGUUUGCUCCCACGAGCACGCCCAAUUCGCAAGCUCGACCCAUGGACAGUGAGGCGCAGAUCUUUACUUCCAUGCCCAUGUAUUUCAUGCAGGGUAACCAGCAAUACCGCGGAUAUCCACCUCAGCAGGGUAUGCCGAUGCAAACAUCCAGCAACAUGCCUUUUGAUGAGCUGAUGCAUCAAGAAGACUGGUCGCAAUCUUUUAUGGACCCUGCGAUGAACAUAAAUGAUGGGAGGUCAUCGCUGAACAAUGCCCAAUUUGGCCAAAAUGGAUGGCGUUAG